AUGAACUCCGAGCCUGUGGACACGAAUCCACUGGUGCCCACUACGCUGUAUGAGAAAGUGGAGUACUACCUACGCGACCGCACUAAGUACCUUCACGUGCAGAAUGAAAUCCCGCUAGAGGUAACGAAUAAACUUGCCAUGGUAAACAACUACUAUGUCUCUGUUGCCGACCCGCAAGAUAUGAGCUUCACAAACUCGGGUGAGCAUACUGCGGACCAUGUUUGCUGGGUGGCCUACAACUUUUUCCUCCGACUGUACGUGCAGGCGGCGCUGCUCGUACCCACCCUUUUGUUCCUCCUUUUUAUAGCGGUGCAGACCCACCACUCGCCGACGUUUCUCCUUCUGUACAGCCUCGUGAUCGAUGUCGAAGUGCUCUCGAUGUGGGCCUACGAGAGGGGUGCACGCUUCGCUGCAGGACACUGGUGGGAGCUCGUGUGGCUGAUCAUAGGGCUUGUGGUCGUGAACAUCCACGUGUUGUACCCCGCAAACGUUCUUUGCGCUCUGCUGCUUGUGGUGCAUUGGAUGUUCAUGGCACGCAUCACCGUCAUUCAGGUUUCCCGGGCGCUGCGUGUGUUUUGCGCCUCCGAUCGCCGCUGCUACAUCGCCGAGGGCGUUGUUCUGGACAUGGCCUACAUCACCCGCAACCUGCUCGCGAUGGGGUGGCCAGCGAAAGGAACGGAGGCGUUUUAUCGAAAUCCGUGGAGGAAUGUGGUGGACUUUCUCCGCCGCAAGUAUGCGCGCCUCUCCUCACACGUCAUCACGCUCUGCUCUGAGCGCUGCACCGAGCCGUUUCCACAGCAGUCCACCUAUCCUGUGGAUGACCACAACCCCGCCGAGAUGCCCCUCAUGAUUUCCUUUUGCUGCGAAGUCGCUGACUACGUCAUGGCUGACCCGUACAACCGGGCGGUCGCGGUGCACUGUAAAGGUGGCAAGGGACGCACUGGCACGAUGAUCUGCGCGUACCUCAUGUAUUGCGGUCAAUGCCGCAGCGCCGACGCUGCCUUGCGGCACUUCAGUCUACUACGCAGCCGGAUCGGCGCGCAGAAGCUGCAAGGCGUGCAGACCCCCUCGCAGGAGCGCUACGUUCGCUACUUUGAGCACCUCAUCAACGAACACCCUGGAAUGGUCAUCCCAUCUCAUCCGCGUCGUGUUCGUCGACUCGAACUGCACAAUAUCCCGCAGUUGUGGGUAUUGCACGGGGUGGAGCACCUGUGGAUGACCGUCAUUGUGAAGCCGUGCACAGAGCGGCGUAUCGUGUACCUCACGAACCGCACCGUCACGUUCAACUCCGCGGUGCCGGAUCCGCGCACGUACAACUGGCGCACGCAAAUUAAAGACCUCUUCCACAGCGACGAGGAGGUGAUCUACCAGGAGGCAAACGAGAUGGACGCGGCGGAGAGCUGGAGCACUGGCUACCGGCCGGAUCAGCGAUCUUUUCGCGUUAUUGGUGAAGCUGGCGACGUGCUGCAGCUGGCCUUCCCAGAGGAGAUCCCGGUCGUGGAUGGCGAUGUCUGCUUUAAGUUCUUCUUCUUCAAAAACAACCCCAAUCCGCUGCUGCCACCCGUGCAGUUUUGGAUUCACACCGGCUUGGAGAAGCACUCGACGAUUCGGCUCGAGCGCAGCGACCUGGACGGGCCGUCCAAGGAUACGAAAGGUCUCCGCUACUCAGCCGAUUUUGCGGUGGAGUUGGUGCUGGAGGAUGCUCAAGUGGAGCAAGCGGAACGCGAAUGA